AUGAAUCAAAGAAGAGAUAAAAAAAAAAUUGCUUCAUAAUAAUAAUAAUAAUAAUAAUAAUAAUAAUAAUAAGAAACCCUAUUAAAACUAAAAUUGAAGGAAAAAUUUGGAUAGAAUAUUUUCUACAUUUAACCUAGUAAUUAUUCUAUUGAAAUGAAAUAAUUCAAUUUUAGAAAUCCUACCUAUGGAGUGACGGUAGAAUACAAAUUUUUGGCAAAAAUCCAAGAGUGUAGCUAUUUAGAAAGUUCCUAAUUGUAAUUUUUCAUGAAUCUAUUCAGGAAAGCAUAUUCAAACGUUAAAGUAAUCUAAUAGAAUUAAAUUUUAGUUAGCUUCAGCAACAUGUUACUUUUUUACAGACUUUGUUCUAACAUUAUAAAAACCACAAGAAUCUGAAUAACAACCUCAAAUCAUUAAAAUUGAUUGGAAAAGGCCUAAUGUUGAAGUGAAAUCCUAAGAGUAAAAUAAGAUUGAGGAUCCACUCAACCAAAUCAUAUAAAAAGAAAUUUCAUCUUAAUAAAAUAAUUAAUAAAAGUCUAAUUAGGAUAGUCUAGAAACUAAAAAUCUCUCUUUAAAUAAUAAUGAUAAAUCUCAACUAACAUAAGUAUAAAAAUAAGAAAAAAAACAGGAAAUUAAUAAUAAUAAAGUUGAAUAAUAACCACCUUAGUCUCAAAUAAUACCAAAUAACUCUAAUAAUUAAUUAAAAUAAUCAUUAUAAGAAGAAUAAAAUUAACUAGAUUAAAAUAAGAAAUAAGAUAAUAACAAUAUAGAUAUUCCAAAAAAAAAUAAUUUAUCUUCUUUAAAAUUUUAAUUAACCUAAUAGAAUCAAAAAAACGAUUAAGCUAAAACUGAUUAAUUUAAAAAAAAUUCACAAUAAGAUUCUGCUUUGUAAAAAUAAGAAAUUAAUCCAACUACAAAUAAUAUAAAAUAAAAUAAAGAAAAAAAUUAAAAGUAAGAUGUAAAUUUGAAUCAAUAAAAGAUAGAUAAAGCUUUAAUCAAUGAAAAUAAAGUUUAAGAUAAAAUUGUCUAAAAAUAAAUAGACCCAAUUGUUUAAGAAAAAAAAAAAGUACCUUUUGAAUAAGUACCAGUAAAAUAAGUUUAAGUAGAAACUUAGAUUUAAUAAUCACAACCUGAAAAAAAAUACCAUUUUUAAAUUAUUAAUAUUACAUAAGAAGUGACACCUCCAUAAGAAAUAAUUUAGAAAUCAUAACUUGGUUAAUUAAUGAAAUAAUUUGCAGAAAAUAAUAACUUAUAAGUAGAUUAAUUAAUGGAUUAAGAUUAUUGGUUUUUUCCAGUAAAUAUAUUAUAAUCUCAUUGGAUUAGUGUUUUAGUAUAAUUUAAUCCAAAGUAAAUAUAUUACUUUGAUUCUUUUUAUGAAAAAAUUGAUCCUUUAAUAAUAAAAGGGAUACAUUCUAUAUUAGAACACUAUAAUGUUGAUCCAUAAAACUUUUAAAUUAAACCUAUAUAUAUUCAAUAGACUAAUGGGUAUUAUUUAAUUUGAUUUUAGUUAUGAUUGUGGUAUAUUUUUAUUGCUAUCUCUUCUAUAUACUUUAAAAAAUUAAGAAUAUAAAUAUAAUCAAAGAUUGGUAGAUAAGUUUAGAAGAAAGAUUCUGUAUAAUUUGGCUGUUAUAGGGGCUUAAAUAGAUAUUAAUAAAGAAUCUUUUGAGUAUUUAAUUGCUUUAGAAUGA